AUGAGUGCUUUGUGUGAGUCAUGUGUUAGACAUUCCCUCAAAGUGUUGGCCACCAAACGAGUCAAUGGAUUGGGCUAUAGAUGUCUUCACUCGUCUCCAGCAUCGAUGGCGGCGUUUGUGAGUCGACCGGCGCCUGCCUUCAAGGGAACGGCUGUUGUCUCUCAAGACUUCAAAUCCAUCCAACUGUCUGACUUCAGUGGCAAAUAUUUGGUCCUAUUUUUCUAUCCCUUGGAUUUCACUUUCGUGUGUCCGACAGAAAUCAUUGCAUUCAGUGAUCGCAUCCAAGAGUUCAAAGCACUCAACACAGAAGUGGUGGCCGUUUCAGUGGACUCGCACUUCUCGCACUUGGCCUGGAUUAACACACCCCGC